GUAGAGCGCGUGCCCGCGUACGAGACGGACGUGUCAUUCGUAUGUUACAACGUAACACGGAAACCGAGCAACGUUUCUAAACCUGUGACAGUUUGAAUCUGUGUGUGUUUUGAAAGGUGAUCUGUUAGCGGCUACACACGGACGUCUCAAAUAUUAUCACUCUAACACAGUGAUUUGAAUUCAAUGACAAGGGAUUUUAGUUUUAUUGUAAUAUAGAUCGAUUCAAAAAGCACGAGUCUCAGCAAAUUGUCAGUUCAUACGAAGUGAAACGAAAACAUUUGUAAUCGGUGACUCCCGAAGGAUUUGAGUUGUUUAAGGUGUUGCGAGGACUGGGUAUAUAAUAAAUGUUGUAGAGGUGUGUGUGUGCGUGUAUGUGUAUGAGUGUGGUGUGUGUGGGUGGGUGAUAAGUUCGGGUGUGGUGGGUGCUCCCCGCCAAUGCGGCGGCGGCGCGGGCGGUAUGUCGCCGCCGCGGGCGCUGCUGGCGGCUCUCCUGCUCUGCCAACUGCUGUCCUACGGCGGCCAUCAGGGGCUCACCAAAAUAUUCUACACGUUACCUGAUACGGGACAGCCACCGAUACUCAUCUCUUUGACGGAGAACGCAAAGUUGGAUUUAAGACCACCGGAAGAUUUAUUGUUCGUAAAUGACUCGGAACAGCACAACGAAACGUCGAGCUUCGCGAUCGCCAGCUCCGAUGAAAAUGAGGAGGACAAAAUAAUAACGGACCCCGUGGAAAAGGAGAGUACGGAACCCAGGCUCAUAGUAAAAGCAAAGUCCAUGCAUGAAACAAGACAACUGGAUGAAGCAUUUCAAAGCACCACCGCUACUCCGGAUGUGGAAUCCAUAACUGAAUCUCACGAAGAGGAAAAGCUGGAAGAAAACAUUCCAAUAAAACCGGAAACACCUCAAGAGGAUAUACCCUCGUUCUCGGAAUGGGCGCAAAAACAAUUAGCUGAGGCUGAGAAGAAAGAUACCGUUUUGAAUCAUUCAAGUCAACCUAGUCAUAGUAAUACAAAUAUUAGCAGCAAAAGCACCAAAUUGCGGUCGAAAAAUUAUGCUUCGCUUGCGUGCGGAGCGAAAGUCGUCGCCGUGAACCCUGAAGCGGGAUCCGCCAGCUCUAUUCUGUCUCCCAACAGAGACGAGUACAUGCUGAACACGUGUAACAGUCGAAUAUGGUUCGUCGUGGAGCUUUGUGAAGCUGUCCAAGCACAAAAAAUAGAAAUAGCUAAUUUUGAGCUGUUCUCAUCAACUCCGAAGGACAUCGCUGUAUAUUUCAGCGAUCGUUUUCCUACUCGGGAAUGGGCCAGUGUCGGCCAGUUUACCGCAGAAGAAAUGAGAGACGUACAAAGCUUUGAUCUGUACCCUCACUUGUUCGGCAAAUUUAUUAAAGUCGAGAUGCUCUCUCACCACGGCUCCGAACAUUACUGUCCCAUAUCAUUAUUCAAAGUGUACGGCACUUCUGAAUUUGAAGUAUUGGAAAAAGAGAGCUCUCAACAUUCAGCUCACGUAGAUGACGACGAAGACGAUGAGAUAAUAGACGUCCCCGACAUACCCGCGGCAGAAACUGAGCCCUCGAAGAAUCUGUUUGGAUCCGCGAGGGACGCCGUCAUGUCUAUUAUGAAGAAAGCUGCUCAAGCGUUAGUCAAAACAGAAGUUCCUAAAAAUAUAUCGAGUGAACGUAACGACACUUCUACGGACAAUAUGUACAAGAAAUGUUGCUCGCCCAGCCAUAUUAUAGUGUGUGACAAUUGCAGCGAAACUCUUUACAAUGACGUUUACGAACUGCUUAGUUGUAGCACGGAUAGGCUUACGAGUUUAUUGCGGCAGGUGUUCUUAAAGGAUACUUUAAAGUGUACUAGUGUGUGCCAGAUGUACGGGUUGGACUUUAAAAGUACAAAGACAAUCGAAUUUCACGAAGAGCGCGUAGCAUACAUCAACGCUUUAUUCCCGCCCAAAUACUUAGCAGCUUUGUGUAACAUUUUAGCCAUUAAAGAAAAAAAAGUCGUACUAAACACAAGCUUUGAGACUGAAACGAAUGUUACAUCAAACAUAACUGUGGAGGAGUCGACGCAGAACGUGAACAGCAACAUAAAUACCGAACAAGAUCUGACUCCCAUUAGAAGCAACGAAACGGACGAUCAUAAAGACAACGAUGCGACGCACGUGGAAGACAAGAACGUGACGCCAGAACAAGCCCCGGAAUAUGUUACGGAAACAACCACAGAUGAUAGCAAAGUUGAAAUUUGCAAAGACGACAUUCAGCCGACGUUAGACGAGAAGCAAACAGCACCAGAGCCCCAAGAAGAUGCUUUGGCUGAAGAGAAACAAGGAGACGCGCUCAGUGAAAACGAAACAAAGGAUUCGUCCAACGGAAAGGACGCUACGGAAAAGUCGAAAGAAACAGCAAAUAACGCAGAUGAAAUAAGCGAUCAAGUUAUAAUGGACAGCGAUAGUUUCAUAUCCGACUUAGACCAAAUAGCGGUGGACCCCACACCCGCGGGAAACACGGCCGCGGUGAGCCACAACCAGGCUCAGGCGACCUUACAGAAGGAAUCGGUGUUUCUGAGGCUGUCGAAUAGAGUUAAGACACUAGAAAGAAACAUGUCCUUGUCAGGGCAAUAUUUGGAGGAAUUGAGUAGAAGAUACAAGAAGCAAGUGGAAGAAAUGCAGAGGUCUUUCGAGAAGACCAUGCUGCAAGUGACUGAGGAGAGAAGAAAGAGCAACGAACGCGAACAAAAAUAUCUCGAACAAAUGACCGUAUUACAAGAACAGCUCUCACAGGUGACGCUCGCCAUAACCAUACUCAUGGAAGAGAGAGACGGCUGGUUUGGAAACAUCACUUUCGUCAAAUUUAUAAUAUACCAAGCCGUAAUAUUUGCUUUGGCAUUCUACUACAUGACCAAGAGAAAGCAAGAAACUGUCGUCGCGCCCGUGCCAAAGAAAAUAAAGAAAAAACAAGACAGGUUUAGAAGGAAGUCAGUGGAAGGCGUCAGCGGGCAUUCCACGCCAUCCGUUAAGAAGAGGCGGCCGAGUGAGGAAGCGUUCCAGAUAGCGAGGCUGUCGUGUGAUGACAACGAAUGUGACGAAGCUCCUGGGGAGUGGCAAGUGGCCAAGAAGAAUAGGAGGAGAAAAACGUCCAUAGUUCACAGAAAUUUAGAACUAGAGGUAAAAACCAUACACAAUCAGGAAGGGUUGCUACAGCUACAGGAAAACACCAUAACGUUAGACGAAGCUGAAUUCUUGGCUCCGGUAUCGGAGCCAAAGGAAUUUACCGAGAAUGAGGUGAAAGAAAAGGAGUUACCGAAGACUAACGGCUCUUUCUUUAACAAUUUAAAAAAUAAGACGAUGAAGACGAGACGGUUGUCGUCUCCGGCCUUCCUGAGGACCUUCAACCGUCAGAGCGUCCGAAGCACGCCCAGCCCGGACGUCAGGAACAUCGAGCCGAUAUUCAACGGGAAGAUAAGCAAGAAAGCCGCUUCCGAGUCACCCACGGGCAGUCUGUGGUCCGAGUCCACGGACAUCUCGCAGAACGGACACUCGGAGAACGGCAACGGCAACAAGAAGAAGAAAAGCCUCAAGAACAUACUUAGAAAAGUAUUUUGAGAACUCUGAAUGUGUUUUAUAUGUGCUUAAUAUAUACGCGUUAUAUGUCUUAUACUGUUUCUAACUAUUAUGUAUAGUGUCCGUGACGCCGCGCGGGCGGCGAUUGUGAUAAAUUAGUGAAGCUAAUGCUAUUUCAUUUUGUAUCAGCUGAAUGUUCGUGGGGAUGCCAGUAUUUUAUGAAUGACAACACGUCGGAGGCAAGUCGAGCGAGUUCGGUUAUCAAAGAAACGGCAUUAAAUGCGUUAAUUUUAUUUA